AAUAAGUACUCGGCUCCCGGCAGUGUCACCGUCAUGGGGAAGGACUAUUACAAGAUUUUGGGCAUCCAGAGUGGCGCCAACGAGGAUGAAAUCAAGAAAGCCUAUCGGAAAAUGGCCCUGAAGUACCACCCCGACAAGAAUAAAGACCCUAAUGCUGAGGAGAAGUUCAAGGAGAUCGCAGAGGCUUACGACGUCCUGAGUGACCCCAAGAAACGAGCUGUUUACGACCAGUACGGGGAGGAAGGUCUCAAAACUGGAGGUGGCUGUUCAGGUAGCUCAGGGAACACUUUCCACUACACCUUCCAUGGAGACCCCCACGCCACCUUCGCAUCCUUCUUCGGAGGCUCCAACCCUUUUGACAUCUUCUUCGCGAGCAGCCGCUCCCGAGUGUUCAAUGGCUUUGACCAAGAAGACUUGGAUAUCGAUGACGAUGAUGACCCUUUCAGUGCCUUCGGCCGGUUUGGCUUCAACGGCGUUAACGGGGUUCACCGGCGGCACCAGGAGUCCCUGCAUACGCGAAGGAGAGUCCAAGACCCACCCAUCAUCCACGAGCUCAAGGUGUCCCUGGAAGAGAUCUACCACGGCUCCACCAAGAGGAUGAAGAUCACACGCAAAAGGCUCAACGCUGAUGGCCGGACCAUGCGGACUGAGGACAAGAUCCUAAACAUUGUUAUCAAACGGGGUUGGAAGGCGGGAACCAAAAUCACGUUCCCCAAAGAAGGGGACGCCACCCCGGACAACAUCCCCGCUGACAUCAUCUUCAUCCUCAAGGACAAGCCUCACUCGCACUUCAAGAGGGAUGGGACGAAUGUGAUCUACACAGCGAACAUCAGUCUUAAAGAGGCCUUGUGCGGCUGCAUGGUGAACAUUCCCACCAUCGACGGGCGGGUGAUCCCACUUCCCUGCAGCGACAUCAUCAAGCCGGGGACAGUGAAGAGACUGCGCGGGGAGGGGCUGCCCUUCCCCAAGGCCCCCAGCCAGCGAGGAGACCUGAUCGUAGAGUUCAAAAUCCGCUUCCCGGACAGAAUAGCUCCCCAGACUAGACAGAUCCUCAAGCAGCACCUCCCGUGCUCUUAGAGCCCAGGGGCUCUCCUCCAAGCAGCAAUACUCAAAACACACGUGCCAUAGCACUU